CCUAGUCCUGGAGCAUGACAUCUGAGAAAGGUUUAGAACAAAGCUCUCCAAACGCCAGUGGGGUUUGGCCAUUAGCCUUUUGUUUAUGAACCUGCUGUACAACAGAGAGGCACUUCAGAUAUCCCCUUGCUAAACAAAGGCAGGCGUUUAAACCGAGCAAUAUGCUUUAUGACUCUGGGCGUAGUUCCUCCGCAUACCGUUCGGCUCUUUUCUCUGCAGGGAUUAAUGCUAGCAUCUUAAACAUUACUAAUGCCUUAUAGACAAUCCAUUACCAUCAGUAUCUCCUAAGUGGCUACCCAUACCAUUUUUUGUAAAAUAGGAAUCUCUUCCUAAUGCUAUGGCUACCAAUCCCUUGAUUUCCCGAGCAUAUAAUCAUGUGUAUUAUCAGCUGUGGAGCAUUUUACACUGCUAUAUAUUUUUUACUGUAUAAUGAGCUGCAUGUGUGUGAGUGACAUGCAAAAAAUAGAUUAAUAUUGCUCUUGCGCUAUCUUGUUAUCUUGCUAUCUUGUCCUUAUCGUAAUAACACUUUGGGAUUUGAUGUAUUAGCAAACAAAGUCUGGAGAUUGCCAGAUGGCACGGUAUGGAGCUUUGGAGCCCCACGGUGCGAGGCCCGGUUACUGGAGACUGCCAUUAAGCUGCUUCCUUCUCGAGUAACAAAAGUUAAUCAAUAUCCUUUAUCAUACCAGAUUUCUAACUGACUCAUUGCCGAUCAUAUAAAUGGUCGAGCAGCACUUUUCCAUUUUUGCUUGCAGGUGUGCCCCAGCAAAAGGAGGGACAAGGAGUACGACAGGGUGGAGAUCUAAGAUGUGCUGACGCGAAGUAUGAACUGCACUUGCAUGGAAUGGACAAGCUGUGCAGGACUUCAAUGUGGACCAGAAGUUUUGCUGUGUGUGUAUAAAAUCACUCGCAGUCUGACAGCGUUCCAGUAACCUGUGCCACGCGCAGAGCGGGAUGUACUUACUAACCAUCUGCUUGCAUGGCAUGGGUUAACUGAGCCUGUGGGAUUGUGCUUACCUAAACAAAACCACUGCAGUGAGGGGAAAAACAAUGAAUGGGUGGAGAUGAUCAGCCCAUGCAUUCCAGCUAGUGCAGUCCAGGCAGCAAUGACAGCCUGAAGGUUGCAGCAGCAUCGGGAUCUGCAUUCCAAGUGCACAGAUCUUACAGUCUGGAGUGAUUCUACGUGGAGCUGCUCUUUAUUUGCUGAGCCAUGGCCAGUAACCAGGCCAGCCUGCAGGAUGAUCAGAGCAGGCACUGCAAGUUCUUAUCCUAUAUGUUCUACCAGGCUGUGAGAGAUCACAAGCCUGUGUGGAUGCUGGAAGACAUGAGAACUAUGGAAUAUUUUUACUGGGAGGAAAAUGCGAGCCUAAGAACCUACUCACCUUCAGAAGCCCUUCUCUAUGCAGUGGUGCAUAAUCACCUGCCUUAUGCUCAGUAUCUGCUGUCUCAUUUUCCAGAGGAGGCUCUCAAGGUGCCUGGGGAACAUUUCUGCUAUUGCCCUUCCUCUGCUCCUCACUUGGCCAUGGCGGUCACAUAUGACAGGAGAGAUAUCUUGGGGCUGAUCAUCAAAAUUGCACACAAGCUUCCUAGCUUGAACUCCUACAUCAAUAGGACUGGCUGCUUUCACCUGGAAGAUGGGAAGACCCCCCUGCACCUUGCCUGUGAACUGCUGAGGUCAGAGACAGUCCUCAUCCUCCUUGGGAAUGGAGCUUCUCCCAGGAUAGAGGACAGUAAAGGGCUUACCCCGCUGGACGUCAUCCUGGAGCAGAUGUGGGACUCCAAAGUCAAUGUGGCAUCAAAGAAGCUCUGCCUCGACUACCUCUUGCUCUUCAUGCCCAACCCACAGUUUAAGAUGCGGAAAGUUCUGCAGGAGCAUCCAGACCACUGGACAGCUUUGCUGGGGGAAGACAAAUUCAACAGCCUGGUGGGGAACACACCUGCUUCUUUAUACCUGCAAGCUAUGCAAACUAUUCUCCAGACUCUUCCCCCCUCCCACUUCCCUAAAAGCAUCCAGGAACUACCUAUACCUCAGGCACUAAAGCCCUUACCAUCCUAUGGCAAAAAGCUACCGACAAAAAAUGUGGCUUGCAAUAGCUGGCUGUGCUGCCAGGGGAUGACCCCAAGUGAUGAGGUGAACCCACAUUUCACUGCUCUGCUGCAAGGUGGCGAUGAACGAGAAGAAGGGGCUCAACAGGGGCGAAUGCGUGUCCUGAAAGGUCAGUUUUGCUCACGUAUUGUUUGAUUUGCUACAUGGCUCCCUGCAUUUUCGCCGUCCGGUUCUCAAAUCGCCACCGCUUUGA